CGGAGCAGGUCUACCCAACUCCACCUCAGCACCGCCUCUGCCUCCUCUCUGCUCCCAGUCACCAUGAACUCCCACUGCAACGGCAAGGCCGGAGAGACCGUGGAGGUGUUCCACUGCAACAACUCAUUCAGCGAGCUCAUCAUCGACGCCAAGAAGUCCGGCGUCGUGCACCGCAAGCACGAGACGUCCCGCAAGGAGUCUGAGGAUGUGUCCCGCUUACCUGCGCUGGAGGCCGCCUACACCAGCAUCCUGCGGCACCUGGGGGAGGACACGGACCGGGAAGGGCUGCUGCGCACGCCGCUGCGCGCCGCCAAGGCCAUCCAGUUCCUCACCAAGGGUUACCAUGAGACCAUAGAGGAUGUUCUCAACAAUGCCAUAUUUGACGAGGACCAUGACGAGAUGGUGAUUGUGAAGGAUAUAGACAUGUUUUCCCUCUGCGAGCACCACAUGGUGCCCUUUUUUGGAAAGGUUCACGUCGGCUACAUUCCAAACAAAAAAGUGGUGGGACUGAGCAAGUUGGCAAGGAUUGUGGAGAUCUUCAGCCGGAGGCUUCAAGUCCAAGAGCGUCUGACGAAGCAGAUCGCCCUGGGGAUAUGCGAGGCUCUGCAGCCAAAAGGCGUAGCCGUGGUUAUAGAAGCAGCGCACAUGUGCAUGGUGAUGCGUGGGGUUCAGAAGAUGAACAGCCGCACAGUGACAAGCACCAUGCUGGGAGCUUACCUAGAAGACCCCAAGACCCGGGAGGAGUUCCUGGCUCUCGCCAUGCGGGCCUAACAAACCUCAAACACACAGAAAGCUCGGGAGCAGCUGCAGGUGUAAAAUGUGACAUGACUCGGGUCCAUGAAAGGCAGCAGGACCUUCAGCUCACCUCAGUACCCUCAAGCCUGAAAGAUUUUAGAUUGAAAUCACUGUGAGCACAACAAUCAGAUUCUCGGUGCCUUCAACAGAUCUUUUAGUUUUACAUGGCAAUAUUGUUGGUAUUAAACGUGUAAUCUAAGUGCAAUAUUGUAAUGUGACAACUGAAGAGAAUUUGAUAUUUCUGGGUUUUUGUUUUUUCCUGAUAGGAAUUUCAGUGGUGCUUUUCCAAAGUGUUAUUUCCGUACCUUAAUAUUGUAUUUAGACUUCAAUAACGCCAACGAUUUAACAAACUAUAUAUGUGUAUCAUUUAUAAAUACAUUUUUCAAUUGUUUCUAUGGCCACAUUUUAGAAUAAGAGUCAAAUGAUUAUAUCUGGAAAGUGCAAGCUAACUGAUGUAGAUUUGUGAUCAACAUGCUGUUGUUUAUUCUGAAGGGGCUUAAAUAAAGCGAUGUUGAGAUUA